CUGGGAUAGGUCGCAGGUGUCAGGUUCUUGCAUUGUUCGGCCAAUGUUCUCGGCUGUCAGGCUGCGCCGAUACGGUUCCUGGCUGCUGCGACUAGGUUCUUGACUACUGCGGCCAGAAUCUUGACUGCUGCGAUCAUUUAUACACACGGCUGCAUUACGGUCCAAACCAUCAUUGGGCAGAGCUGUGCUUUUUAACAGGCACCCGUCCAAUUACACUAUCUCACUACCGCCGCUCCUAUGGCGCCUCGACUUUCCCUCUCGGUUCUGAGCUUGGUUGCGUCUUCUCUCGCUGCCGGAGGGAGAAGUGAUGAUGUACCGAUUGGAGGAUAUGUGCCCAGUAAAUCGCUCUCGAUCACCGGAGUUGUGCUCUAUGGAUUGUCUGCACUCGUGCUGUGGACCCAAUUUGUCAUUGUACGACCGAGACGCCCUUUCAUGCUUACCUUGACUCUGGGAAUGACUGGUACGUCAGACGUUCCCGAGAUAUUCCCAAUUAACAUGAGAAGCCAUGACCGUCGGAUUUAUUCUCCGAUACCUCUACGCUACACCGCCUUUCACGUUGGGCAAAUACAUUGCCUGGGAUAUGUUCAUCUUGCUUUCGGUAUGGGAUAUAUCGAGCAUCCGUCGUCUCGUCUGCUCACCAAUGCUCUCCAGCCUUGUCUCUUCCUGGCCACGGACUACAUGAUCCUCUCCCGUCUCGCCGCCACAUUCAGUCCCGAUGUUGUCUCCCGGUGCUUGGCCAUCCGCCCGACCCGCGUCGUCAGGAUAUUCGUUUGGAGCGACGUCCUCACCUUCUUUUUGCAAAGCUCGGGGGGAGGACUGACCGCGACUAAGAGUGCGAGCUCGGCCAAACUGGGGACUACCAUUGCCCUCAUUGGAUUGAUCCUCCAGGCCGUCUCGUUCAUGCUUUUCACCUUCCUCAUGCUCACCUUCGCCUUCCGGGUAUCGAAGCACUUCCCCCACAUCUGGCAGGCUGAAAACGGCGAGCCCUUCAGGAUUCUCUCCACCCGACCCGUCGGAGACUGGCGCAUUCUAAUCUACGUUAUGAGCGCUACCUGCGUCGGGAUAUUGACGCGGUCUGUGUUUCGUAUCGUCGAAUUCGCCGGCGGAUAUAACGGUUAUGUGGCCACUCAUGAAUCGUUCUUCUACCUCUUCGAUGCCCUCCCGCUCUGGCUUGCGAUGUCGCUGUACUGCUUUGUUUGGCCCACGCGGUUCCUUCACGGACGCGCGGAGAAUGUUGCGCUUGGUGCGGACCUCAAGUCGCAUGGACUCGUGAAAGUUUAGAUCGGACUUUUUGUAUACCCCAGUGCAUAUAUUUGUGUAGAUAUAGUAGAAUAUUUAUCUAUAAGUAUACUGAGAGUCUACCGGUGAAAAUUCAUG